AUGCACAAAUCACUUCUAGCCUGUUUACUCGGCGCCGCCCAGCUAACGGUCGCAUUGCCCGACCUCCAACGCGUCCUAGCUCCGGCUCCGGCUCCGAUCCCCGGGCCCUCGGCCUCAGCUGCUGUGUCCGAGUCACGCCCACAUGGAGAUCACACCGUUCACGAAAGUAUCUUAGCAGCAAUCGAGACCCAUGCCGACCCAGUCGCCGCACUAGUCUCGCUACAGGGAGAAGAAGCUCGCGCAAAUACCGAGGCGGCAUUAUCCAAGCCGCGUCUUUUGCGGAGACUGGGUGUUCCAAAUGGCAAGGCGGAAUGGAUGACUGAGGGCGAUAAGAUGCGCUUGCGAAGGGAGGGGGUGAAAUUCAUGGAUAUCACUGAUCAUGAGGAAUUCUAUAAGGAGCAGGAGCAGGUUUAUGACGCUUUGGCUGGGAAGCCACGUCUACCUAAUCUGGUCCAUGAACGCCUCAUCCGCCCUCUGUUCCCCUUCGUCGAUACGGGGAGAAUGUUCGGCGUGCUGGAGCACAUGACUGGAUAUUAUAACCGUUAUUUCGACGAUAUCCACGGCGAGUUGAGCUCUGAGUGGCUUUAUAAUCACAUCUCUGAGAUCAUCGCAAAAUCGCCCCUCCACACCCAUAUCUCACUGGAAUAUUUCACACACCCUUUCCGCCAAUCUUCGAUUAUCGCCCGCUUCGAGCCGAAAGUCCGCUCUUUCAAACAGCCGUUGACGAUUCUGGGCGCACACCAGGAUUCUGCUAACUAUCUUUUCCCGCUUCUCCCUGCUCCAGGUGCAGACGAUGACUGUUCCGGUACUGUCAGUAUCCUCGAAGCAUUCCGUGUCCUCGCCGAGGCUGGAUUCGUGCCCCUGGAUGGCCCGGUCGAGUUUCACUGGUAUGCAGCUGAAGAGGGCGGUUUGCUGGGUAGUCAGGCGAUUGCUCGGUAUAAGAAAGAGCAGGGGGCGCGAAUCGGGGCGAUGAUGGAAUUUGAUAUGACUGCGUUUAUUGCUACGAAUUCGACGGAGUCGAUUGGCUUUAUUGCCACCGAAGCUGACAAGGUCCUCACUAACUGGGCUGUGAAUUUGAGCAAGAAGUAUAUCUCCAUUCCGACAGAGGUUUAUGAUCUUCCGGGCAAUGCCGGCUCGGACUACAUGUCCUAUACACAACUUAAUUACCCGUCGUCUUUUGCCUCGGAGGGAAAUCCUGUUGCUGGUGGUGGCUUCCCUGGUGAAUAUGAUCCUUACGUGCACGGGGUAAAUGACACGAUGUGGGUUAAUGAUAAGACGGGGUAUUUUUCAGUUGAUCAUAUGGCACGAUUCAGUGAAUUGGCUAUUGCGUUUGCCGUUGAGCAGGCUGGCUGGGAUAAUAAGUGGAGGUAG